AUGUCUAAUGAACACGCACCCCUCCUCGCCCAUGGGGUGUGUGGUCUGUCUGUAGACACAGCAGUAUGUGGCAUGGGGGGGUCAGAGGGCACUGGGGAGGCCAGCACUCCUAAUGCUGUACCCCGAAAACUCAACACAUUCUUCGGGGUGAUAGUGCCCACCGUCCUCUCCAUGUUCAGCAUAGUCCUCUUCCUCAGAACUGGGUUUGUGGUUGGUCAUGCGGGGCUCUUGCAGGGUCUUGUGAUGCUGCUUGUAGCCUACAUCAUUAUCUCCCUCACCAUCUUAUCCAUCUGUGCUAUUUCCACCAAUGGUGCUGUGCAGGGAGGCGGGGCCUAUUUCAUGAUCAGUCGAUCGUUGGGCCCAGAGUUUGGAGGAAGCAUUGGCCUCAUGUUCUUCCUUGCCAAGGUGUGCGCGUGUGGAGUGUAUGUGCUUGGUCUGGUAGAGGCCAUACUUGACAUAUUUGGUCAGGAUUCAGCGUCCUCCUCUGCAUUGCGGGUGCUUCCCCAGGGAUACUGGUACACAGUGAUGUACUCUUCCAUAGUUCUCCUGCUGGUUCUGUUGGUGUGCCUAGUGGGCGCCCACAUCUUCGCCCGCACCUCCUUUCUCAUCCUGCUGGUGGUGACCAUCUCCUUGCUGUCCAUCUACAUCAGCCCCCUGGCACUGACCACGCCCCUAAACUUCCUCAUCUCCCACCAGGGCCCUGGCAACCAUACCCUCACCUACAAUGCCAGCUACACAGGCUUCAACGGCACAACACUGAGGGACAACCUGGGCUCGAGCUACACUGUGGACUAUAGCACCGGUAAAGAAAUGUCAUUCGCUUCCGUGUUUGCUGUCAUGUUCACCAGCUGUACCGGAAUCAUGGCCGGAGCCAACAUGUCAGGAGAGCUGAAGAACCCCAGUGCUGCCAUUCCCAAAGGCACCAUUAUUGCAGUCCUCUACACCUGCAUAGUCUAUGUCCUGCUCUUCAUUCUGGCCAGCUCCACAUGUGAAAGGACCCUGUUGGUUCAGGAUUACGGGUUCUUCCAGAGUAUAAACAUCUGGCCGCCAUUUGUAACCAUUGGGAUCUACUGUUCCGCCCUAUCAGCAGCCAUGUGCUCUCUGAUUGGGGCGUCCCGGAUCCUCCAUGCCCUUGCACUGGACCAGCUGUUUGGUUUUCCAUUGGCUCCUGCUGCUAUCACUUCCAGCUCUGGUAACCCAUGGGUGGCAGUGCUGUACACCUGGGGGUUGGCACAGUGUGUGGUGUUUGCAGGCCAACUUAAUGCAAUAGCUGGCCUUGUGACCGUGUUCUACCUGCUGGCCUAUGCUGCUGUCGACUUGGCCUGUCUGGCUCUGGAAUGGGCAUCCGCCCCCAACUUCAGGCCCACCUUCCAGGUGUUCUCCUGGCACACAUGUCUGCUGGGCAUUCUGAGCUGUCUGGUGAUGAUGUUUGUCAUUAAUCCUGUCUACUCUUCAGCCAGCAUCAUCCUCCUCUUGCUGCUGUUGCUCUUCCUGCACUACAGAUCACCCACCAGCAGUUGGGGAUACAUCAGCCAGGCUCUCAUCUUCCAUCAGGUGCGUAAGUAUCUGCUGAUGCUGGACGUGAGGAAGGACCAUGUGAAGUUCUGGAGGCCCCAGGUGUUGUUGAUGGUGGCCAACCCUCGCUCCUCCUGCCAGCUCAUCAACUUUGUCAAUCAGCUGAAGAAGGGCGGCCUGUUUGUGCUGGGACACGUGAAGCUGGGAGAUCUGGACACCCUGCCCUCUGACCCUGUCCAGCAGCAGUAUAACUUCUGGUUGAGUCUGGUGGAUAAGCUGGGGGUGAAGGCCUUUGUGGACCUGACUCUGUCCUCCUCUGUGAGGCAGGGCACACAGCAUCUGCUGCGCAUCACUGGCCUGGGCGGCAUGAAGCCCAACACUCUGGUCUUGGGGUUCUACGACAGUUGCACCCCUGAGGACUACUUCCUCCAAGACCCUGCCUUCUAUGAGUCAGAAGAGGCCGGAGGGGAUGAUUUUGGUGUAGAUCUGCCCUCUCUGCAAGCCCACUUCCCUCCAGUUCGCCAUGUGGAGAGCCCACGCUGGCUCACGCCAGAGGAGUAUGUGGGAAUCAUCUCUGAUGCCAUCAAGAUGAGUAAGAACGUGUGUCUGGGCCGCUACUUCUUCCAGCUGCAGGGGGAGAGCAUGGGGACCAAGAUGGACGGGGCUGAGAGGAUCAUCGACGUGUGGCCCCUCAACCUGCUGCGUCCGGGCAGCACCUCAGCAGCCUCUGUUGACGUGUGCAGCCUUUUCCUGCUGCAGAUGGCGUGUGUCCUCAACAUGGCCAGCAGAUGGCGCCAUGCCAGAAUGAGAAUAUUUCUGUGUGUGGAGGCAGAGUCAAGCGACCAGGGCUGGGUGGUUAAAGAGGAGACCUUCCGGGAGCUGUUGAGGAAGCUGAGGAUCAGGGCCUCCAUCAAGAUAGUGCCUUGGGACUCUGUGGUGCAGCUGUACGGACAGAAACAGACACAGGACACAGAGCUGGGGGAGCUGGGCCUGACGAGGUCGGCCCCAGCCCUCUCAGAGGACUUCUUGUCUGCAGUCAACUGCCUGCUGAUGGAGCACAGUGCUCAGGCUGCUGUCCGCUUCCUGUAUUUACCACGCCCCCCUACUCACUCUGGCCAAUCACAACAAUACCUUAGUCAGUUAGAAGCUGUGACUCACGGUUUAGGCCCAACCCUCUUGAUUCAUGGUCUCACCCCAGUCACGUGCACUGAGCUUUGAGUGUGUCACUGUGUGUUUAUGGGAUCAAUAUGUCAUGUAGCUAACUCAAUCCUGAACAUAAUAGAAAGGGCAGUCUGUUGAAAGCAUAACAUAUGAGGUACAUGAUGUAUGUGUUAGUUAGACAAUAAACACAUAGGCACACUACACAACAGGACCUAUUAGUAUAGCUCUGUUCUGUAGGCACAUAGUUUCACAUCUUGUAAUGUAACUCAUUUACACAUCUACUAAUUUCAUUAAUGAACACAUUCGGCACCUAGUCAGUCACAGUAAAAAAAUCCUUCUUUAAGCUGUCUCCUCCCUUUCAUCUACACUGAUUUAAAUGGAUUUAACAAGUGACCUCAAUAAGGGAUCAUAGCUUUCACCUGGAUUCACCUGGUCAGUCUGACAUGGUUUGUACACUGUGUAUAUUUAUUUGUUCAAACUGUAAUUUAAUGGAGUAGAAGAAGAGUUGAGUUCCAACUCUGGAUUCUGAAAUGGAGAAAAGGCUACAUAUGUUUACUUGCUAUGAAAACUAGAAUUUUGUGUUAUUUUAUUUGAUGUUGAACACAUUCUCUUUCCAUUGACCCCUUUUCCCAGCAUAUUCCUCUUCAGAUUGUGACCCAGUUUGGGAGAGCUCACGACUGUCUGGACCACAUGAUCUCUUAGGAUUUUAGGUCAUUCAUUAAUUGGUCAUGCUUGAAAUGCUGCUUUUCUGGACUAUUAUCUGGUCCAUGAUGGAACAUGAGUUCAAAGUUCCUGACCCCGCUCCUAACUAGAUGAGUCCCUAAUGCUUGACAAUAUUAUGUAAUGUUACACAACCACCAAGGCACUAACAGGCAGAUUAAAUAUCAAUUGCUAAUUUA